UUCCCGAAACCUCUCGUCUCCUUUUACUGAGAGAGAGAGACACACACACACACACAGAGAUGCUGGGGGUUUUCAGCAGCGCGAUCGUAACGCCGCCGGACGAGCUGGUGGCCGCCGGCAGCCGGACGCCGUCUCCGAAGAUGACAGCAACGGCAUUAGUCGACCGUUUCCUGGAGAACAGCCCCUCCGCCGUGUCCGUACGGAUGGGUGAUCAUGGCCAUCUGGCCUACACCCACCAUCACGAGUCCCCCCUCCAACCCAGAUCAUUUGCGGUGAAGGACGAGAUAUUCUGCCUGUUUGAAGGGAUGCUGGAGAACCUAGGGAGCCUGAGGCAGCAGUAUGGACUGUCAAAGAGCGUGAAUGAGGUGGUGCUGGUGAUAGAGGCGUACAAAGCACUUCGUGAUAGGGCACCCUACCCUCCAAACCGCGUAGUGGGCCAUCUCGUCGGGAAUUUCGCCUUUGUCGUUUUCGAUAACUCCACUUCCACUCUCUUCGUGGCUACUGAUCAGCAUGGAAAGGUACCUCUUUUCUGGGGGAUCACUGCAGAUGGAUUGGUCGCAUUUGCAGAUGACGCGGAAUUACUUAAAGGAGCAUGUGGCAAAUCACUUGCUCCUUUUCCUCAAGGAUGCUUCUUCCUGUCAGCCCUUGGAGAACUGAAAUGCUAUGAGAAUCCGAAGAACAAGGUCACCGCCGUUCCUGCAGAUGAUGAAGAGAUAUGUGGUGCAACUUUCAAGGUGGAAGCGGAGCCGGUUUUUGCAGCUAUGCAGUAGGAGUGUACUGCUCAGUAGUUGUCAUGCAUGUAGCAUGAGUUUGUGUUGUUAGGUGAGUCUAUUACCCCAAUGUACAUACGAAUUGUAGCCCUAAUAAGCUGGUAAUGUGCUUGAAAUAUGUAAACAUGACUUUGUUUCCUUUUACUCAAAGAAAAUACACCUUUUCCUUUUAAAAAAAUUGUCAAUGGAUGCAAUACGAUGGCUAAUAUGGAACGACAUUGUAUAUGACCGAAUGCUGACCAUGUGAUUGUAACCAUAAGAGAAACUUCAAUGCUCUGCAGAUUUUGAUGGA